AUGGAAGAGUUUUUUUCUUCGGAAAGAAAUUUUCAAAACGGAUAUUCCAAACUAAGAUACGGUUACAGACUGGACAGAAAAAUGAUUGACUCCUUUACAGAGUAUAGUAUUUUAGAUUGUGUAGAAGAAUGCUUAAGAACUACGCGCUGUAAAUCUGUAAGUUAUUACAAAGGGGCAAAUUAUUGUGAAAUCAGUUAUGAAAAUAAAACUACCGCCCCAAAAAGAUACAAAGAAGACACGGGAUGGAUCUAUAGCGAGAAAGAAGAUUGGGGUCCGAAAAUUACAGGAUUUUGUUCGGUGGCAAAGUGCAAAGAAAAUGAAAAAUGCAUCCCCAAAUCCCUUGGAAAUUAUGAGUGUAUAUUAUCUGACUGUGGGAUGCCUCCGGUUGUAACGGGCGCUGACUCGAAUAGUUUGGAAAGAUGGGAUGCAAUAGGAAUCUACAGACAGCUACACCUACAAUGUCACAAAUAUAUCUUCAAGAAAAAGGGUUCAGGAAUGCUAGGAUGUUCUGCAAAUGGUGAAUGGACAAUACAUCUGAGUUGUCAGUUUCAAGAAGUAUGGGUACCAUUUGAAGACAAGUUGUAUCUGGUUCGCUCCAAAAAACUUAAAUGGCAUGAUGCAAAGGAGGACUGUGAAAUUUUGGGAUCAACUUUGGCAGAGAUAGAAUCAGAAAAAGAGAAUGACUGGAUAGUAGAAACAUUACUGAAACCGUUUUUUGGUAUGUAA